UGUGUGUGUGUACGGGGUUCUCAUUUACAUCUCUAACGUUGUUUGUCAUUCUGCUGGGUCUGCCUGAACCUCUCAACUUGUAUCGGAUUCGGAUUCUGAAUAAUCCCCAAUCCUCUUCCCCUUCCCAAAAACCUCUUCUUUCUUCUUCUUCAAAUUCUCCCCUUCACAUCUUCAUGGCCUUGGGUUUCGGACCCUGAAUACUUUAGUCCCCUUAUCUUCUUCUUCUUCUUCUUCUAGCUGGGUUUGGGUUUGUUUGUGUGUGUUCGAUUUCCAUUGAUUACCAAAAUGGGCAAGAAUCAAGCUUACAAAGCUAUGCAGAGAGCCAGGCUGGGAUCCAGCUCCGCUGGCCCCGAUGAGGUCGAAGACGGCAUGGUGGAUGGUUCAUUUCAUUCACCAGAGUGGCAUGCUGCUCGUUUGGCUAGCCUUAAAACUUCUCAUACAAUUACCUGGGAGGAGUAUAAAAAGAAGCAAAAGGAAGAUGAACUGAGAAAAGGGGAACUGGAAAAAGAUACCGAUAGAAUGAUGAGAGAAUACAGGGCUCAACUGGAUGCCGAAAGGGCUCGCAAGCUUGCCAAUGGAAGAAACCACUCUAGUAGCAAGUCUGAUCGCAAAAAAGAUAAGAAGGAUAAAGAUUUAAAGAAACGCAGCAGCAGCAGCAGCAGCAGAAAGAGAAAGCAUUCAAGAAGGAGAUCCUCAGAGUCUAGCUCCUCGACUUCAUCGUCAGAUUCUUCCAGUAGUGAAGAAGAUGACAGAGAAUCAAGAAGAUCCAAGUCCAGGUCUAAGAGAACAAAAAAGGAAAAGAAGCACAGGUCAAGAACCAAGCACUCUAGCAGUGAUGAUGACGAGGCUGAUGGCCCUGUUCCACUUUCCCGAUUCUUUGGAAGUGUCAAGAGCUAGCGGCAUUAUAUGACCUAUUGUUGUGUAUCUUCCUACAAUAGGAGAUUAGUAUGAGUUUCAUUUGUCCCUUAUUUUUUCGUCAUCUUGCCUGUAAGAAUCCCCUUUAUUUCGCUACAUGAUAUAUUGAGGCCUUAUUGCUGAUGAGAUUUACUUCCUUUGGUACAGUAUGAUUAAAUUCAUCUCA